GUUCGGACCUCCAAACCGGGCCAACUUGAAUUCGCUCCAGGGUGAGAGGCCACCACCGCGGGACUCGAUGCUAUUCUGGCAGCCCUGCACCGAGAACUUCCGCACGCUGCUGCAGCAGCAACGCGACGGAAACCACCGACGGAAAGUGGGCGGGCCGCCGUUCAUAUGAUGACGGAAGCACGGACGCCUCUGAUUGGCUGAACAACUGCAACAGCCGCACGCCGAUUGGCUGACGGGUCCUCCAUAGACGAGGCCGUGGCUGGCGAGGGUACAGCGGAAGAACGGCGGGGGGCAGCACCUCGCAGUGCGGAUUCCGCAGAGUGAGCGACGGGGCGGACGCUGGGGGAGCCAUGUUGAUGCCCGGCUGUGCGUCUCUUCGGGUUUGGGCUCAAGGACCGCAGCGGGGAGCAGAGGGUUGCGAGCCAGCUUGGUGAUUGGAGCGGCGCGACGAGCACCCCGGACAUUGACUCAAACGCAACGGGAAGUUGUUGCUAGUUAGCCCCGCUAGGUAGCAACAGCUGUGCAGGGGAAUAACCCGCCUGCACAUCCCCCUUUUCCGUUUAGUUUCCACCAGUUAACAGCGUUCGACCGACUCAGGACAGUGUGUGGCGGUGACAAAAAGCAAAACAAUCCCGUGCAGAGGAAGCGUCCCGCUCCUAGAGCUAGCCUAGCCUAGCCACCGUUAGCAUGUGAGCUUCGCCGUCCUCUCCUUCUUCCUCCAAGUCACGACCGUCAAUUCGGGGCUAUAAACUCACACUGUGACUGCCCCGGACAAGCAAUUUGUUCGACCCCACACGAAAGCUAAUGUAAAGUGGAGAGUUAUGGAGAUACGUUGCCUCUCGGUUGGAUUCGCCUGCCUAGUCAGCUAGGCUAGGACAAGUUUGCCUCGUCGAGAGAGUCGGAGGCCGGGCGAACAUUUCCCCCUCCUCGUCCUCACGUCCCCCGGUCGUCGUCUUCGUUGCCCCCACCUGAAGCAGCAAGCUGGCGGCCCCUCAAGUGGAAGCCGAGGACAAGGACCUCGGGCCCAUGGCCUGGGUACUCAAGAUCGACGAGUCGGGGCUGGUGCACGACUUCGACGCCAGCCUCUCUGGCAUCGGCCAGGAGCUGGGGGCUGCAGCCUACAGCAUGAGUGAUGUGCUGGCCCUGCCCAUCUUCAAACAGGAGGACUCCAGCCUCCCCUCGGAGAGCGAGAGCAAGAACCCCCCAUUCCAGUACGUGCUGUGCGCCGCCACCUCGCCCGCCAUCAAGCUGCACGACGAGACGCUCACGUACCUCAACCAAGGCCAGUCUUACGAGGUGCGCAUGUUAGACAACAGGAAGCCCGGUGAGUUACCGGAACUCACCAACAAGAUGGUGAAGAGCACAGUGCGUGUGGUGUUCCACGACCGGCGGCUUCAGUACACGGAACACCAGCAGCUGGAGGGAUGGAAGUGGAAUCGUCCCGGCGACCGUUUACUGGAUAUCGAUAUUCCCAUGUCGGUGGGCAUCGUGGAGCCCAAGACGCAUCCCUCCCAGCUCAACGCCGCUGAGUUCCUGUGGGACUUGAACAAGAGGGCGUCCGUCUUUGUGCAGGUUCACUGCAUCAGCACCGAGUUCACGCCGCGCAAGCACGGCGGCGAGAAGGGGGUCCCCUUCAGGAUCCAGAUCGAUACCUUUGCGCCGGGGGACGCCAGCGACUACGCUGAGCACCUCCACUCGGCCUCCUGCCAAAUCAAAGUCUUCAAGCCAAAAGGGGCCGAUCGCAAGCAGAAGACGGACCGCGAGAAGAUGGAAAAGCGCAGCGCUCAGGAGAAGGAGAAGUACCAGCCUUCCUACGAUACCACUAUCCUGUCCGAGACGCGGCUGGAGCCCAUCAUCGAGGAAGCGGGCGACCACGAGCUGAAGAAGUCCAGCAAGCGGACGCUCCCGGCCGACUGCGGCGACUCCUUGGCCAAGAGAGGCAGCUGUUCGCCGUGGCCGGACAGCGCCUACGUGGCCCCCAACCCCAACCAGGCACCUACUCCCUCCUUCACGUCCACGCCUCUCUCAACCUACGCCUCCAGCACCACCAACACCUCCUCGCUACCCGACAGUGACUCGUCCUCGCCCAAUCACCAGGCGGAACCCGGCAGCUAUGCCGGUACAGAGCAGUUGAGUCCCGCCGCAUCCAUUCAGGACACGCAAAAAUGGCUGCUGAAAAACCGAUUCAACUCCUGCGCGCGACUCUUCACUCACUUCUCAGGUUCUGAUUUGUUAAAGCUAACCCGGGACGACCUGGUCCAGAUUUGCGGUCCUGCAGACGGAAUUCGACUCUUCUACGCCCUCAAAUCAAAGUCCGUGCGUCCCCGGCUGACUGUGUACGUGUGUCAGGAAUCCCCUCAGCACAGCCCCCUGCUGGAGAGACACGCCCCCAGCCAAAAUGGCGAACAAGGCGCCUCUCCCAGUUUACACGUGUACCACGCUCUGUACCUGGAGGAGCUGACGGCGGGCGAGCUGAUCCGCAAGAUGGCCGCCGUGUGCUGCCUCCCGCUGGGGACCAUAAACCAGGUCUACAGACAAGGACCCACCGGCAUCCACAUCCUGCUCAGUGACCAGAUGGUGUGCAACUUGACAGACGAGAGCUGCUUUGUCAUUAGCACCGUCAAAGACGAGCAAGGCGAAGGACUCCACCUCAUCCUGAAGUAAGGCCAGGACCACCGUCAACCAUUCUCCCCUAACUCGACCCAAACGUCCGUCUCUGCCUGCGUGUUUCUUCUACGCCCUGUCACUCCCCUCCCCUCCCCGCUCUCAAUCGGAUGGACGGCGAAGAAAAGAGACGAGAAGGGGCGUGUAAAAAUGUUAGAAUCUGACAUGCGGGGGAUGUGUCCACUGUUUCAUAUUGAAAACACAGGAAGAGGAGAGCGGUGCUUCUUGGCUGGAGAGCUUUUUUUUUUUGGCUUUAUCUUUUUUAUGUAUUUUACGCAGGCCAGUAUUGGACGCCAUUUUGCUCGCCAUCUUGAUUGAGAGGAGCAAAAUAAGGGGGGGGGCUGUUGUCUUAUUGUAAUCGACCAGCUGUGCUCAGCAAACUAAAUAUGUGGGCGUAGUACGUCAAAUCAUUUUCCGUUUUGUGUGAUCUCUCGCUGCCUGUUACUCGCCGCUUUUUAGUCGUUUUGUGUUCCUCAGACCCGCUUGGUUUUUGGGCCAGGUCAAUCCCAGAAUAAGGACCAAAAUAUCUUUUUGAGAGAGUCACCAUUCAUUCGUUCCUUUGUGUGUGUGCACGAGCAGCUCGUCAGCGGCGUCCAACAGACAUCAUGGCAGCUCUACAUCCAGCCUCGCAAUCUUUUUUGUGUGUGUGUCUGUGUGUGUGUGUGUGUGUGUGUGUGCAGAGCAUCAAAGCCAGGUGAUUAGCUCAAAAUUAUUUCCAAAUGUUUGGGCCACACUCACAAGAAAACACUAAUGAUACUAUGAGAAUUAAGUCAGGGGUGACUGUUUUUGUGAUUUUGAAAAUAUGAAGAAAAAAAACCGUUUUCUCCCUUGUCAUUCUGUGUAAAAAUCGUUUUGAGAAAAAAAAUGCACUGAUUCUUUUUUUGGGUGGAAAGCUAUUUUGAAAGAUUUCUUUCUCAAAAAUAAGUUUGUCUGAGGUAUAAAAAUGUUAUAUUUUCAGAGUAUUUGCUAUUUUAACUACUCCCCUGACUAAAAAAAAAUCUUCACAAAAUGUGACAUAUUUAACUCAAUGAUUUUUAUUUUACAAAACCAACUCCAAAGUAAACCUGCGCCAUAAUCACGUUCUUUGAGUACAACUUUUUACAUAAGUUAUUUUAGGGGAAAAAAAAAGUUUUCUGAACUGCAACUUUUUGUCCCCAAAAAUAAUACUGAAGUUUUGGAGGACUUUAUUGAAAACAUUCUGACUAAAUUCCCUUAGUAUAGAAUAGAUUUCCUUUUCAGUGUGAGCCUUAAACUCCCUAGUACAGAAAAAAAACACGCAAAUCCUGUGGAGUAUUAGUCGAACCUCGUAAAAGAGGCGUCGUCUGCCUUUUCAAUCGUAUGACUGUGCAUGUGUUCCCCCCCCCCCCCCCCCCCAUGUUGCAUGUAGAAGUCGGGAGAAGACGUCAGACGUCGUCCCGUCCUGUCCUGUCCUACUUUUUGGAGAUAAGACCAAGCUUGCACUAAAAACUCCGAAACUGCGUGUUUAGCUGGUAGUCCUUCGCCCACAUCCCCGCCACACAUCAAAUAUUUGACAACGUCAUCAGAGACAAUUAAGGGCCGUGUUUGUGUGUCUGAGUGAGGUAACCACUUCAUGUCCAGCCUCAAUGAUUCUACUUGUGGUGUGUGCUUUGCUGGAAAUGCACACAAAAUGCACAAGUGCUGGGAAUAAAUGAUUUCAGAACA